GGACGACACCUCGCCCAGGAGCCAUGGCGAGUGCGGGUGUGCAAGUGGAUGGGAGCUCGGAUUACUGGCCUAUCUACAUAGGCCGGAGCGAUGGACAAGGAUACCCUCGGUUGGACCACAAUGCCUUGGAUCCGAAUGUGGUGCAGGACAUGGCCCAACUCGAGCGGUGGCUUGUCAUCAUCGCCGGCCAUCUUCAGAUGCAGCUCGGUCCCAAGGAUGACAAGAAGCAAUACAAGCUCGCCGAAUUCCCCAAAGGCUACGAGCUGCGCUGUUCCAUAAGAGACAAAAACAAGGGCAGAGACUACUUUCUGUACGGGCAUCCGGCAGGCCCCAAGUCCUACUAUCGCACUCCUGGCGAGUUCGCGCUGCAUGCUUUGUGGCUGGUUAGCGAUUCUACCGACUACAAUCAAUGCCCCUGCGACAUAUGUCCCAAGUAUAUCGAGGCGAAGGCUAGGCAGCCGAGGGGGGUUCUUGUUCGACAGCCGACGUCUGGUCAACAGCCAGCGUCUGGUCAACAGCCAGCGUCUGGUCAACAGCCAGCGUCUGGUCAACAGCCAGCGUCUGGUCAACAGCCAGCGUCUGGUCAACAGCCAGGCCCGGCUCGACAGCCAGCGUCUGGUCAACAGCCAGCUCCAGCUCAACAGCCAGCUCCGCCUCAGCAGCAGCCACAGCAGCCGGUGUCCCUCCCUCCAGGGAUAACAGGUCUGACCAACGUCUUCCGCAUCGGCGAAUUGGUUUGGUACAAACACUCGCUUUGGCGCCUCGGGGUGAUCGUCUCUAUCGCGCCCAAGUUUGGCGCACCCGUAACAUCUGGGCCAUCAUCCGACGCCAACUACAAUUUCACCCUCGCGCCGUUGGGACAUGCGUUGCUGCCUCAAGGGACCCACACCAAGGAAUCCCAGGACCUGCGUCCCUUCCUGACCUUCAGCGUGCCUCCCACUCACCCCCAGAUGGAUGCUGACUUAAAGGACAAGACCUUUGACACGGUCGAUUGGCAGAGUCUGGUGCUGCGCGCCGCGCAGGCGCCCGAUCCUCCCUACACGCUGCCGAAUGUCGGUCUCGAGGCUUCCAAGAUGGGCGCACGAGCCGUUAAUGACUGCUUCUCAACCUUCAACUUGGUCCACGUCCACGAUGAGAGUUCUGUCGACGGUACUGUCCGCCACGAGCGUUACAACGGCGUCUACCUCGGUGCCGAGAUGAUUUGCGUCGGCGACCCCAUCCGCGUCACGCCGACAACCCCAACAGCUAGCCCGUUCCCGCCCGUGCCCCAGGGCGCCACGCUCGUGAUGCUGAUCCACGAGAUCGUCGUCCUCACCCGCUUGUCUCAGCCCGGUGCACCUCUCGAGCCACCAACCCUGCAGUUCAGAGGUAAUAUAUUCUACAUGGUCCGCUCGGGAACACAGAGCCUGCCCGAGAACGUCGUUACGCCCGAGGCGCUCGGCCCGGCCUUUGUCGAGGAGGUUGCGACGCGCAACGCUCUGCAAAGGGACAAGACGAUGGCCUGGUGGUGGGUUCAGUACGCGCCGGGACAGCCGCAUGUACGCGGCGAGCAGGACGUGCUGGGGCGCUUCUACGUCUCCGAGAAGCUGAUGAACAUCAUCGAACCGGGUAGGUACCAGGGGUGGGUGCAGAGGAAUCAGCUGGAGGAGCCACCUGCUUAUUUGAACAAUCGGAACCACAGCGGCGCGGGCCAGUUUGUGGGACGCCGGCCUGGCAGGGCCGCUAGCCUCGGCCAGGUGGUGUCGGUGCAGUUUGUGCCGCCGCCGGGGAUGGUGGAAAACUAGGUUGUGAAAUGGAGGUGGUUGGUUUGCUCAUUUACGGGGCGUUAGGGACGGGCUGUACUCAGUGCUGGGAAUAUGUAAAGUAGUUCAAAGGAAAUGGAUGUCAUGGGGCAGGAGCGGUGAAACCUGCCCGUGG